AUGUGCUACAGUAUGCGCCACAGCAUGCAGAGGGUCAUGGCGCUCUUCAGCAAGAAGCGCCAGCAGUCGCCCUCCGGCAGCGCUUCUGGGCAGCCCUGCCCUCCAGCCGCUGCCACCAGUGCCUACGAGCUCGGGCAGAAGGACCCGGGCAGGCUGCACCGCGCGGCUGCCCGCGGCGCCCUGGCCCGGCUGAGGCGGUCGCAGCCGAAGAGAGGUGGCAUCGACGGGCAAGACCAGGAGAAGCGGACACCUCUGCAUGUCGCUUGUGCAAAUGGGCACGUGGAUGCCGUUGGAUUUUGGGUACAAGAGAACUGCCAGCUGAACCUUGCUGACAAUUUCAAGAGAUCGCCACUGAUGACGUGCCAGCAAGAAAAACGUGUGGCUAUUUUGCUGCAGCAUGGUGCCGACCCGAAUCUGGCAGAUGCUGACGGCAACACUGCCCUUCACCUUGCUGUCGUAUCUCCUAAUACAACGGUAGCAGGGCUGUUACUUGAGCAUAAUGCCAAUAUAAAUGCUCAGAACCGGGAGGGAUAUACCCCCCUUAAUCUUGCUGUCUCCAAACAUGAUGAGGAGACGGUAGAGUUUCUUCACAAAAAAGGAACUGAAAAUCAGCGUGAAAGGAGAAAACUCGGCCUGAGGAUGGUCAAGCAGUCGAACAGCUUGCCCCGGGAGUUUGUGCAGUCUCCAUCCGUGGGGGCUUUGAAGAGCAGAGUGGAAGGACCCCUGAACAGCGUGGUCUGA